GUGACUGGUAACCUGCUUUACUGUAAUCCAAUGUGAUCGUAGGCCAUUUCAAAGAAAGUGUGGUUAGGAGUACUGGGGAUUCUAAAAUCCAAUGGGGGAAAAUCCAGCUGAGGUUGUUUCACACCUCAAGAAAACAUUCUCUAGCAUUGUCUUGCCAAACUGAAGAAUCUAACUUAAAAUCACACUUCCGCGAGCCUGAAACCACUCAGUGUGAAACAAAGUGAAGAGGAGGACCUUGGGUUUAUCAUCUCUAAGAAAAUACAUGGAUUCAUCUAUGGAUUGGAGUCAGAGGUUGCAGCUCUUGCUCUUCUCACUCCUCUGUCUCACUGGCAACUCCAAGGCAGUAGGAGAGCUCUGUGAGGACAAAGGACAAGAGACUGAGCGGGUCUUUUCAGUUUCCGGUGAUGCUGCCAUGUUGACAUCCACCCUGUUGGACCUCAAUGGGUUCAACUACCACAGCACCCCCUAUAACAUCUCAUGGUAUUACCUAAGGACUGGGACAGAGGUGACCAGGAAGACAGGAAAGACUCUGGUGCAGGGGAAGACACUUUGGAUUUUUAACAUCACGAUGGAAGAUGCUGGAGACUAUGAGUGUGUUGUGAGACUACCCUCCGAGUGCUACAAGAAGGUUGCCUUACUGAUUGUGAACCACACCAACCCAGAAGAAUGCGGUCGACCAGAAAAGGCCCAACAGGUCCUGACCAACACAACCACCUCUUUCCUGAACUGCCCAUUGAGUGACCAUAUCAGGGAAGUAGACAACUACUCCAUCCAGUGGUACAAGGGCUGUGAACCCAUUGUGGAAGAUGAUCCCUUGUGGAACAGGUUUAGUUAUGUCAGUCUCAGUACUAUGGAGUUACUCCGAGUAACAGUGGUCACCCUUGAGGAUAAUGCGUUCUACACCUGCACCAUGACCUUUAACUUGGAAGGGCUCAGCGGCAGAAUCUCAGAGACCAUCAACAGUAUGGUGGACGUGGAGUAUUGCCUGGAGCCCAAAGUGGUUGAACCUGCCAAUGAGAUCAUCAAAGCAGAUUUGGGUUCUUCCUUCAGUAAGAUGUGUCGGGUGUUUGUCCCGAGUGUGGGGAAUAAACAUUGUGCAAAUUUGAAUUGGAUUUCAAGAGAGAACUCAAUUUCCAAAAUUGUCUCAGAGCGCAUCUUUCAGGAAUCAGAAAGGGAGUGCAUAGAAGAGAAGGGUGUAUGGUUGGAGCGUAAUUUGAAUUUCUUGACGGUGGAAGAGGAAGACUUUUCCAUCCAUUACACGUGUAAGGUUUCCAGCGACAGAGGCAGUCCUUCUGCCUCCUUCACACUACAGCCUACAGAUCCAAACAACCUGUUCCCUAUUUGGGUACUACUGACUAGUCUGGUAUUGGUGUUUACUGUUAGUGUUGUUAUUUACCAUCGCUUUAAGAUUGACAUUGUGCUGUCGCUAAGGAGGGUGUUCCCGCUUCUCUACCCAAACACAGACUCUGAUGGGAAGCUGUAUGAUGCGUACGUGGCUUACCGUCUGUUUGGGGAUGGGGGCAGGGCCUGUGGAGAGGCAGAGAUGUUUGCCCUCCACACGUUGCCCCAGGUUCUGGAGGGGAGGUGUGGCUACAGGCUCUUCAUACUGGGCCGGGACAGCCUACCAGGGGAAUCCGUAGUAGAUGCUGUGGAGGAGAGCAUGCUGGCCAGCCGGUGUCUCCUCCUGGUCUACUCUGGCUCUACGUUCUGCAGUGACAGCAAUGUUGUCCUGGAGGCCUGGCAGAGCUUCGAGAGGCAGACGGCCAUGCACCAUGCCCUGCUGGAGGGCUCCCUUAAGGUGGUCCUGGUGGAGCUGGAGGAGGUCACUCCUACACAGCUGGCCCUCUUCCCUGAGUCGGUGCGCCACCUCCGGGAGCGCCAGGGCGCCGUCUGCUGGUGGAAGAGUAGCAGGACAAGGAGGACCAAAGGGUUGAGGUGUGGGAGGUGGAGAAAAGAGGUGGCGGAGAAGAGAGGGGAGCAGGCUUCGCCACCUCUCUCCUCACCCUCUCUUUUCUUGUCCUCACGCUUCUGGAAGGAGUUGAGGUAUUAUAUGCCAGUGAGGGGCAUGAGGACAAGGUGCCCAGAGAAGAACAGCCUGUUGAACUUGUGAUGGGAUUGAUGGGCUUUGGAGAGGACAGUGAUAGACAUGAGGAAAUGUUGAAUGAAAGGACUUCUGAUACCAUGGAGAGUAUAAAUGUUGUUCUUGCCUCUCACAACACAUUUCCAUGAAAUAUUAUUGAAUCAGACUUUGGAGGACUGAUCCUCUGGGAUGAUGAUUGAUCAUCCUACCGAUUAAUGUUGUAAAAUGCACAGUUAAGAGUAUUAAUUCUGAACAUAUUGGCAGAGCCACUCAAACACACACACAAUUUACCACUGUGUUACAUACACACCACAUCUGUGAGAGAGCUUUAAUAAAGAGAGCCCAGUACAUU